UGGGCAGGGCGGGUACCUGGGACCACUUACAGUGGAAUGGAAUAAGCUGGAGUCAGAUUCCGACAGGUCCGGACAGGCCACCUGAGAGCCGGCCCCUCCCUCUGCGGCACCAGCCCCGCUUGCCAGACAGCUUAAAUCUGCCCUGCCUCAGCCCUGAGGAUCGAGACCCAGCAUCUCAGCACCAUGAAGUUGGCUGGCAUUGUGCUCCUGGCGGCCCUGCUCUCGCUGUGGGCCGAGCUGCCCGCUGCGUCCCGGGGAGACAGGUCGACUGCAGCACCUGUUAAGGCUGGUUACUGCUACAAGGUGGCCCCGGUGGGGGGAGUGUUUGAUGGGAAGAACUGUAGUGCCUGCCUGGCGAACAACACCUGCUCCACUUGCUGCACCGACGGCGACUGCCCCAGGAGCGACAAGUGCUGCCCGGACGAGUGUGGCUACACCUGCCAGAUGGCAGUGACAGAUCUCUGCCACCUGCCCUCGGUGUGUGGCUAUUGCAAGGCCAGGUUCCCUCGCUUCUUCUACAACUGGUCCAGCCAGGCCUGCGAGGAGUUUGUGUACGGCGGCUGCGGCGGCAACAGGAACAACUUUGAGACAAAGGAGGAAUGUCUGCAGGCCUGCAGGCCGCCCGGCACUGCCUAGCCCUGGCCGGCGUGGGGGAGCCGAAGAGGAAGCUGCUGUUCCUGGCUGGUGCCUGUCUUCCCGGGCACAAUUCCUGUCCCUUUCUGAGGGAAACGACUCCCUGCCUGGGAAGCCCAGACCUUUGCUCCCCCGGACCCUCUGCAGCAGGGUUUGGCUGGAGGCGGUUGCAUUGUCUCCCAGCUGCAGAGCCAGCCCCCGCGGCCCCCGAGCUGGCCCAGCCCCGCUGCCGUUCUGUAGCCAUGGACGUGUGUGUUGCGUGUUAACGCUCAGCACGGAGCGCGGCGCUGGCAGGCAGGGGCUGCUAUCAGCCAAACGCCCCUUUCCCUGGGACCUCGUGAGGGUCUGAGGGGUUAAAUACAAGGACUGACCCUUUUCAAACAGAAGUAGGUCUUGUCACUCCUGCCCUUGGGAGAGGAGGGAGCUGUGCACACAACUCUGGCUGGAGUGCAGACUCUGCCCCUGCUUCCCUAUUGGAGGGGGUGGGGGGGCAUUUGGGACUCCAGGGCACAUUGGGUAGUGGGAGUGCACAGCCCUGGCAUGUGGGCAGCAGGGUCCCCUGCCAAGGCCCCAGUGUGUGACAGGCCAAGCAUGAUCCCCUUCCUCCCAGCCUGCUGGUCUGUGCCCUUCGCUACCGUGACUCUCGUGCCAGCAUGUGUUCUCCUUGAAGCCCCAGCUCCUGGCGUCAGGGGAGCACGAGAAUCUCAGCUUCAUUUAAAACAACAGUUGUGCAGAAAAGCCUGAAAACGUAGCCCCAUGAGCAACAGCCCCAGCCGACAAAGAACGAGACCCAGCACUUCCUACUUGGGACAGUCUCUCAUGAGUUUUUAGUUCUUUUAACUGGCGAUGCUACUACUCUUCCCUCUCAACCUUCGUGUCAGAACCCCCCAUUUCGAUCUGCUGGGCCUGCCCUGUUCAGACACCCACCCAGCUGCAGGAAGAGGCAACGUGGGUAGGAUAAGGCACUGGGCUGGCAGCCAGGAGACUUGGGUUCUAACCUCUGCACUGCAACUCUGGGCAGGUCUCUGCUUCUAUUUCCCUGCCACCCCUGUCUUGCCCGGGGGGAGCGUGAGCUCCCUGUGUCAGGGGCUGUCUCUUAUGCGUUUGCACAGCACCCAGCACAAGGGCCCUGAUCCCGGGGAGCCUUCGCCUACCACUAGAAUAAACAAACUGUCAUCACCCCGUCCCCUCCGGGUGGGGUCUGGUGCUUCUUCACCGAAAUAGCGCUAGCAAGUAUUUCUCGAGGUGCAGGGGCAUUAUCACCCCAGAACGCUCAGGUCCAGCAGAAAAACUCUCCCUGAAACAGGGUACAUAGGGAAUCUUACAGCAGCAAACAGCCACUCCCAAAUUCACAGCUCGCGAAGACUAGACUAGACUAGCCUGUCCCUGCCCCACCAAACUGGUAUUUGGGCUCAGGAGAUGAAUUUAAAGGCUCUGGCUCCACCCCCCGGAGAGUCCACUCAGACAGGUUGGUGGAACCGGCUUGCCAGGCAAUGGAAAUGGGAAAACCAAAUCAACCCCCUCAGGUUGCAGGUCUGUUCUGCUUCGACCCACAAAGAAUCCAGUCCGUUCUGGGCCUGGCCUCUCUCAUUAGCAGGGCAGACAGCUAUGCACACAAAGACAGAGCUCCCCUUCUGGACCCAAAUGGACUCUUCUGCCCUGUGAUUGGUGAGGCCGGGGAAACAAACCCUAUAAAUACAGGUGGGUUCUCCCCUUCCCCUUACUGCUGGGGCUUGUUGCUGUCUGGGAGGAGCUGCUCUCCAGGCCCGGCUCCCUUGACUGAUGCUAGGAUGUGCCUGGGGCUUCCAAGGCUGGCUUUGGCAGCUCUGGGGGAUUUGCUUGCAGGGACUGAGGCCUCAGCCAAGGGCUCAGUAGAACUAGGUGGUUCAAACAUAUGGGCCAAAGUGAGGUCUCUGCUGAGCGCUUUAGAAGGGGCUUGGGAACACAUGGAAAUUACUCAUGCCUGCAGUUUGGGUUCUGCACAGGACAUCCACAUCAGCUGUGCCAUUCUGUGCCUGGCCUGAAAUGUGUCCCCAGCUCUGUCCCUUUGCUGAUCUCCCUGCCUGUCGCCCCUUUCAGGGCUUGCUCCAAGGCUGGAGCUGAGCUCACCUGCUAGGCUAGGGACAGCUGGUUGUCAGACUGCAGGGGUCAGCUUAGGUGAUGCUCAGUGGCUGGGGUUUCACAACUGUGAGCUGGGAUCCUAUCCCAAAUGGCAAGUGAAACCACAACAGCCUCCUAAAGCACUGGGAGGCGGAACUAAUCGCAGCCUAGAGAACUGGGGAGAUGGCCGGCCAAUGGGCUGGGGGGGUAUAGGGGGAGUGCAGACCCCUAGUACUGGCGCUAAGUGUGGGAGAACAGGGCAGCUUUUCAGAAGAUUUCUGGUGUGGGGCAUGGACAGCAUCACCUGCCCCACAGAGCAGCAUGAGAAGAACGAGGCAAUUAUUGCCUUCCUAACAAUUGUCUCCCUAGUUGGGUGGGGCAGCAAAGAGAUAAUGGAUCAUACAGCCCUAUUUAAGUCUGGAGGGGAUAACUGCCCCCCUUGCCCAUAACAACUGAUGUCCCUGGAGGACACCCCCUUUGUCCCGGGAGCCUUCGACUGGUGCUGUGUUGUUUUAGGGUGGCUGAGUGCAGCUGCCUGGCCUGACACUUCCAGGGGAGCUCAGGACCCAGGGGGCCCUGUGGGCAGCCCCCAGCACAGGGCCUUUGCCUUCGGCUCGGUUGGUUUUAUAACAGUGAUGGCUCAGCUCUGACACCUCCUGGCGCCGAGGGGACAAGGACCAGGAGCGGGAAGCUGAGCUGGAGCAGAGCUACAGUGCCCGCCUGGGUGCUGGGGGGAGAGCGCUCCGCUCACACCCGGCUACGGUGGCUCUCUAGAGCCCCAAGAGAGCGGGACAGGAUGCGCUUGGGGGGUGGGACUUGGGGGGCAAAGCCAGCGAGUGGCUUGAGUUCAAUCUGAAUAAUGGCUCCCGGGGCAGGACUCAUCCUGGGUCCGCUCCCCUGUGCCCCGUUUUCCUUCGGCUCAGCAGGGCUGGGCUGGCCCCAUGCAGAACACUGGGUCUCGGGAGCUCUGCUGAGGUGGCAGCAGGCAGGAAGCUGCGUCUCUGCCCCAGGGGCUGGCGUCGGGCCUGCAGGUGGCUCUGCUCUGUGGUUCCAGCAAGGUGGAUUUGAGGAAAUCUGGCACCUUCUCAGCUGCGCCCCCAAAGGGAAGCGACGGGCGGGCU